AUGACCGAAGCCAGACCAAAGCUGUUCUCGUCGCUCCCCUUCAUUCUAACGCCAAACGUGUCGUCGUCAUCCAUUCCCACCAUCAACUAUGAUUCCUCCCGAAAGUCACCAUUCACGGUGUUUCCCAGCAUCAGAGAGACCAACUACGGUGAAAGCUUGGGGUUGAGGGCCAAAUUCCAGGAGAAGGUGGGCUCGAGUCCAGGCUACGACCCCUCAGGUUCGCCAGACCUUAUCCACUGGGGCAAGUACUUUGGCACCACCUCCAAUACCUACAACCAGAACGACUUUACCAAACAGACCGCCUCCGAAAGUGGCUCGGGGUACCAGAAACACGACGACGGAUACAUCGGCUUCUACCACUAUGCUAAUGGGAUCAGCUUCGACUACUUGCAGGAAGAUAUCGAGGAAUACAUCCUCCAGUUGAUCGGCAUAGAGGUGGUGGAUGACAAGUACCAGUUCAAAAAAUCGGAAUUGGCCAGCGAAAGGUACGUGCAUUCGAAGAGGGAGAUGGUCAUCACGUACUGCUCCUAUAACAUAUUCAACAAGUCCGACUUCAGAGCUCGGUUCGUGGUCCAUAUGAAUAGUUCCCUCAAGAGUACCCCUGUCCAAAUAGACAAAUCCUAUCAAGUGAUCCCCAACCCUUCAGGCUCUGCCCCAGGUAGCCACAGAAAGACCUUGCUUUAUAACCAUCACACCAUCAAGCAAUUGCCUCUGAGCUACUGGGACGAAUUGAAGGCCUCGCAUUUGAUCCGAUUGUUUCACCAAGUGGACAAUCCAGCAAGCCAGUUGACUGGUUUGGUCAAUUACUCCAAUUUCAUAGACUCCAAGGCCAAGUUGAAGCAUUCAGUUCGUCUUUUGGCCAAAUUCUUGAACAAGGGACAUUUGUGUGGAAGCAAUCUCUCUUACGGCUUGCCCACCAUUUGUGGGAACAAAGGGGACCAAAGCAAAAAAACUAAUCAUUAUCGGAACAACCUUGUAAAUACCUUGAUAAGAUUAGUACAGUUGGAUUUGAGUGGAGCUGUCAAUCAAUACGCCAUUGAUGAAAUACGGGCAAUUUAUCCCAAUUGUGAUUUUGAUUAUGUGAUUUUAAAACUUUUAAAGGUUCAGAAUAAUACAAAUGUGGAGAAGCAAUACCUCGAAGUGAUCCAUCGCCAUUUGCUUACAAACUCUAUGUACACAACUCAGCUGGGACUUAUUUUGAUAGAACAAGUCAAGUUUUUGAUAACGAAGGAAGCUUAUGACCAGGCACUACUUAUUGCUAAGAAAUGUGUUCAAAUCUUGCCAUUAGAUUUUGAGUGUUGGUUCAACUUAACCUUGUGUUAUAUUUUGAUCAAAGACUAUGAAAAUGCAUUACUCAUGAUGAAUUCGUUACCUGUGAUAAUCAAUCCCAAGCAGGAUUUUGCGGACUUAGACGAGAUAUCCGGUACCAAGGAUUUAUUCAUGUCUACGUUUGUGCAUAGACUAAACAACGUCAAUGAGGAAACCAUUUCGGACAAGUCGUUCAAGAGCUAUUUUCCAUUACCUCAAGUUCCUGUUGAAAAUUACUCCUCCAGUAGAACCAGAAACAAAGAUGUCAAGAUUUCAGGCGAGGAUAUGAUUUAUGAAGGUUCAAUAAAGAAGAUGUGGUGCGAUACUCCUUUAUUUACCCCGUAUUUGAGACAUCCAAUCAAUGGAAACUACUUUUAUCAAUCCCCAUUGAUUAAUUGCUCUGCUAGAGAAAUUUCUUCAGUUGAUCCUCAGCUAAUUAAAUUAACAGGUCCCUCGUCAGUAAAAGGCUUGUUUACCUCACAAUCGUCGGGGUCUUUGGGAUUCUCAAUAUUGGAUUUCAAUAGAAAAUCUACUUGGGGAAGAUGUUACGAUUUAUUAUCAUACUUUGUGGCCACUGUUGGAUGGGAUACCAUAGUGGGUCUUAAAGAAAAGGUGUUUACAACGGACUUAAAGACAAGCGAUGGGGAAUUCGUGGUAAAUAAUGGACAAGAGAAUUCGCCCAAACCCUCCGUAUAUUGUGAAAAGUGGCUAGAGCAAUUGUUUCUCAUCAUCUACGAGGAUUUAAGAACAAUCAUGGUUAUCUCCUCAAAUGACAAGCAGCAACAGCAUAGUGCAUUAGAGUGGGAAAUGUUGGGGUUGUUGGGGUGGGGUGUCAAGUACAAUCUUGAGGAAUCGAUUAGUUCGCUCAUCACUAGUGUCAUGGGUACUUCUGUGGAAGGAGGCUUUGACUAUUUUGGGACUGUUCAACUUUUGGAAAUCUAUGACGAGUUCAUAUUGAGUGAGACUACUGGAUCAAGAAUAGAAUUGUUCAAUGAUGAUUAUGAUUUGAAAUUCUUCAGUAACAAAUUGAUUUUGAAGCUGUCAUCCAACUAUUUUGAGCCAUUCGUACAAACUUUGGAGACCAAAUACCUUUCUUUGGAAUUUGUGAUGCUCCACUUAAUGAAACUUAUUAGUUGGGAUUUGAGAUGGUACAACUAUACUCCCAACUACUUGGUGACCAAGAUUCUCACCAAAUUGAUAAUCAAAUACGAUCUGAUCUUCGUUAGUACGGGAUUCAGAGUAGUGUUUGAAAACAAUAAAAAGAGUGUCAAAGCUCCCAAGAAGAAAUUUAACUCCAUGAACUUCUUCAGUUAUUUGAGUGGAACUUCCAAGACGAAGCUGGAAGAAAACUUUGAGUUUGUUGACGAAGAUACCAUUUUCGAUUACAUUGAGCGUUUAAUCAGAUGGAUCGAGAGUUUGCGGGAGGAAUAG